UUGCCCUAAUCGGAUGCGAGCGAGAACUGGUUCUCUUAUCCUGUGAAACUGUCAUCAUAAAUUCAUAUAUCAGCCUCAGCCAUGUCCUCGCUCUCGCACCUUCUCUUCCCUCCGCAACUACGAACUUCAAUCGCGCCUUCUGGGAUUCUUCUUCCUUAUCGAUAAUAGGUUGAAUCAUGGAGCCUAUGGACAUAAUCGGCAAAUCAAAAGAAGACGCUUCGCUUCCUAAAGCGACAAUGACAAAAAUUAUUAAAGAAAUGUUACCCCCAGAUGUACGUGUAGCAAGAGAUGCUCAAGAUCUAUUAAUCGAGUGUUGUGUAGAGUUUAUAAACCUCAUCUCGUCAGAAUCCAAUGAAGUCUGCAACAGAGAGGAAAAACGGACAAUUGCACCCGAGCAUGUAUUGAAGGCUCUACAGGUUCUUGGAUUUGGUGAGUACAUUGAAGAAGUUUAUGCAGCAUACGAACAACACAAAAUGGAGACCAUGCAGGACUCUUUAAAGGGUGGUAAAUGGAGCAAUGUGGCUGAGAUGACCGAGGAAGAAGCAUUAGCAGAGCAGCAAAGGAUGUUUGCAGAGGCCCGUGCUAGGAUGAACGGUGGAGGCAUUACUUCCAAGCAGCCAGAUACUGACCAAAGUUUAGAUAGCUGACUUUAGGAUAUUUAUGGAACCAUAGGCAAGCAACCCGAUUCCUGUCUGUGCUUCUAAUAGUGUGUACAAAAACCAUUCACUAGUUUGCUGGCCUAUGUGGAUGUGCUCUCAAUUUGUAUUCUAUCGAUGAAUCCAUAUUUGUAAGUCAAUGUAAUUAGUGAGAGAUCAUUAAAUGCCUCCCUUUUAGCAUUACAUGUAGUUAUUUAAUUACUUUUAGUAUCUUCCAUAUACUAACAA